GCUGAACGUGGGGGAAAAUGUGACAGGUAGCCUGUACAUCAUCUUUGCCGUCAAUCUGCAAAGGCUGUCUUUCAAAGGGAUACUCACCACACGCUCACACUGAUCAACUAAUAUGUUCAGACUUCGAAGGACAACGUUCAGAACUCUGUUGCUGCUGGGAGCUCUUCUUGCGGUUGUUUAUAUCUGUAGUGAUUCUAGUGACCACAAAACCAUUCAUCUCAAAGAAGAGGUGAAAAAGGUUGGCUGUCGAACAAAGGCAGUCACCAGACACAACUCCUCUGUACAAUCCUGGCCAAAAUGUGAAAAGGAUGAGUCCGCUGCCGACAGGAAAGGCUUCCGCUUUCUUUCUGGUCUGAUUCAAAAUUUUCUCUACUAUCAUCACUGUCGCCAUUUCCCCAUGCUACUAGACGUUCCUGACAAAUGUGGAGGAGCUGAUGACUCUGCAGAGGUCUUCCUUCUGUUGGUCAUUAAAAGCUCCCCAGUGAACUACGAACGCCGAGAGUUGCUGCGCAAAACCUGGGCUAAAGAGAGGAUACACAAUGGCGUGUGGAUUCGAAGGAUCUUCAUCUCAGGAACAAUGGAAAAUGGUUUAGAGAAAGAGAGACUGAACAAACUCCUCGAACUGGAGCAAUGCGAGUACAGUGACAUUCUCCAAUGGGACUUUGAUGAAUCAUUUUUCAACCUCACCUUGAAGCAGGUACUCUUCCUUGAAUGGAUGGAAAGAAACUGUGCGCAAGCUCGCUUCAUGCUAAAUGGCGAUGACGACGUCUUUGCCAACACAGACAACAUAGUUGCGUAUCUCCAAAGCCUCAAAGACAAUAAUGGGAGCAAGCACCUCUUCACUGGCCAUCUGAUGAAAAAUGCAAAACCCAAUAGAUCUUUAAGGAGCAAGUAUUUUAUUCCAUUUCAGUUGUACCCUUCAAAAGAAUAUCCUUCCUACUGUGGCGGUGGGGGCUUCCUCCUGUCUGUCCAUACAGCUUUAGUCAUAUACAACAUGUCCCAGUCCAUUGGUCUUUUUCCCAUUGAUGAUGUUUACAUGGGGAUGUGUCUGGCCAAAGCAGGACUUGCACCUGAUUUGCAUAUUGGUGUGAGGACGCUAACAGUUCACAUUCCCUCCAGCAAAACAGAUCAACAUGACCCUUGUUAUUAUAAACAUCUGCUGCUGGUACACAGAUUCCUUCCACGUGAAACGUAUGUUAUGUGGCAAAGAAUACAUGAGCCUGGUUUAAAAUGUGGUAAGUCACAGCAAUAGCUUAACCGUAAUUACGGGUGAUAAAGGAACUUGUUGCAAAUUAAAUAUUAUUAUUAUUAAAUUAUUGUUCUGCUGAAGAUGCUUAAUGGACAUCCAACACACUGUCCAAUAUUUUUUUUUAAAGUGGAGAGCAUGUUUUUUACAUAUUUGCAUGACUGCUGUCAACAUGUUGUGUUAGUGUUGUCUGCAAUACCUUUUGACUAUGAACUGUGUUAUGUACAUAGUACAUAAUCUGGACAAUACUUUAACUAAAACUUAAAUUAAAUUGCACGUUACUUUGUUUUUGUCUGUUUUUUUGGUAAACCAUACAUAUCAGCUCUGUAAAUCACAUCUCAUGUGUUAAAAGAGAAAAGAGAGAAAUUCAUACUCCAUAUUUCUUAGUCUAUCUUGUCAGAAUAUUGUCAGU